AAAUGAAAACUCCGGCAGUCUGGUGAACUUUUCCUGAGUGACAGGAUCCUCUCGGGCUGUGGACUGACAGUUUGACGGAGAGAUUAAGUCGUGGGAUUCAUUACAAGUCUGCAGCUAUGGGACCUUUGUAGCUAUGUUAUAUAAAAUAUUACCCAGUCAUUCAUUUUCAACUUUUACUACUACGUUUCUGAGUCUUGCGCGAUGGAGCCUGGAGCGGGACGAGGCGACGGGAUCCUCCAUGCGCUUUGGGGACCGAGGAUGUGUGUGUGAAAUUGGACAGACUGGGGUCAGUCAUGGAGCCUGAGCUGAACUGCAGCUCCCAGUGUGAUUCCCCACUCUGCUUCAUCCACUCAGGAGUCAACAGGCAGGAGGGCCUCAAUAUUCUGCAGAGACUAUGUGGCCUCAGCACGAUGGAGGUGGAGCUCCCUACGUGGUCUCUCUCGCCGGUGUUAAGUGCUGUGGCGUGGACGCUGCUCUCCUGUGGCAUCCUGCUGGCUUUCUGCUUCCUCCUCUUCACCCUGCGCUUCAAAAACAACAGGAUAGUGAAGAUGUCCAGUCCCAACCUGAAUGUCCUGACUCUCUUUGGAAGUGUCCUCACCUACAGCAGCGCCUUCCUAUUUGCCGUCGACGAACAAACACACUCACAAGCUGGAGUGUCUACAGCUGUGCUACAAGCUCGGAUGUGGACUCUGUGUGUCGGUAGUACCCUGGUGUUUGGCCCAAUUUUGGGGAAGACAUGGAGACUGUACAGAGUGUUCACCCAGCGAGUGCCUGACAAGAGAGUGAUCAUCCGAGACAUCCAGCUGAUGGGCAUGGUGGCUCUUUUGAUCCUGGUGGACAUGCUGGUUCUCACUGCCUGGAACCUCUCAGACCCAAUCAGGUGUUCACGAUCUGUAGGCGCUGUUGUCAAGGUGGUGGAGAGAGACAUUUCCUACUCUUUGUCAAGGCUGAACACUUGUGCGUCUGUAUACUCGGAUCUGUGGGUUAUCAUCAUUGCUGUUCAGAAGGGUUGUCUUCUUCUCUAUGGGACUUAUCUAGCAGGGCUGACCAGCAAUGUCAGCCACCCUCCAGUCAACCAAUCUCCCACCAUCAUAACAGUCGUCACUUUGGUCACCCUCUCCUCGGCUGUGGCCGUUCCUGUGUCCAUCUUCCUGCAGGCCUGGCCCAACCUGGUCUACAGCACUGUGGCUGGAGCCAUUUUCAUCUGCACACUGGCUACAAACUGCAUGUUGUUUGUGCCUCAGCUGACCCAGUGGCGGCAGUUUGAAGAGGAUCAGAACAACCCAAGUCAGAUGGCCAAGUAUUUCAGCAGCCCCAGUAAGAGCCAGCCCUCGGUGUACAGCCAGGAUGAGAUCUACUACCUGCUGGGGGAGAACAGCUCCAUGAAAAAACUCAUUAAUGAGAAGAACGCUGUCAUCGACAGUCUGCAGGAGCAGGUGAGCAACGCCAAGGAUAAACUCCUGCGACUCAUGUCAGCCAGCCAGCCGGCCCCCGAGGACCAGGACAUGGACUCCUCCAACACCAACCUCAACUCCUCCUGUACUCAGACCACAGAGAUUCAGUCUGACGGUCCCUCUUCUUCUUCUCUACCUCAGAGAGACACUAAAUCCCAAUUUUUACCAUCAAAUCUCUCCCCUCACCUCACUGCUGCUGCUGCUUCAUCUUCUGCUGUUACACUGUCCUCUGAGCCAACCUCUGCUCCAAACUCCUCAACCCCUAACGCUGCUUCAUCUCCUUUCCCCGAUAAUAUUUAUGCAGGUGAAAACCAGAGAGGUGUGUCUAACGCUGGCCCUAGAGACACAGCUGAGUCCAUAACAGGGGAGGACCUCAAACAGCCCUUGCCCCCCCAGUCCCAUGGCUUGCUCAGGACAGCAGAAGAGACAGUUCACUUUGUUACUUCCAUACAAUCCCGUAGACGGUUAAAUCCUUCUCAAGUUGAAACUUUCAACAAUCAGAGAGGCCUAACAUCUCAUCUGGGACCAAAUGCCAGACCGACUGGAUUUGUAAGCAGCGAGCAGUUGCAGGAGAUCCUCCAGGAGCUGAGUUUGGAUGCAGUCAUGGAAACCACGCUUCGAUCUCCCGGUCAGACGUCCAGAACGCCUUCUCAGCUAAAAUUUAGUGAAGUCUCCGCACUUUCCCCUCUCUCCCUGCGGACACCACGCUCCCCUCAUCCACCGGUUCUCUUCCGCUACCCCAGCAUCUCCCCUUACACGAUGAGGAAACGUCGGCCACCCUUUCACUCUUCCAGAAGAGGUUUGGCCUGCUUCUACACAGGUUCAGCGGCCGCCGGUUGUGGGAGAAUAAGGGACAAAUGUGAACACCAAAAUUCAGGCAGGGGCCCAGAUGGGGUCAUUGUGGAUGGUACCCUACUCCAAGGUCACAACACUGACCUUGAGCUGGGGGAGGAGGAGGAUGCGGAAGGGAAUGAAGUGAUAAGAAAAUGUCGGAGGUGUGUUUCAAGGUCCCACAGACGUUCAGUGUUGCCCUGUGCAGAACGCGAUCACACAGCUCCACCUGACGUGGAAGCUCGUGGUGACAAUGAGAAGCGCCACAGACACAUAAGGGACUCCUGUGGGUCCUGGGACUCUGAUUCUAGCAGCUCAACAGACUACUGUUACUACCACCGUCCGUACUGUGACUCCUGUCUGCAGCAAGGCUCUCUCCUGUCCUCAGACAGCUCCUCAGACUCCUCUGACAGCGAGUACGAAAGCUACACCAGCCUGUACCGCUCCCCACACCCUGUGGUAUUCAAAGAAGACAUCAAACCCACCUUUGUAUGAGCACAGGUUUACCGCACUUUACAUGUUCGUCCAUUUCCACCACAUGUAUUCAUGUCCUAAGAAAUACAGUACAGUUAGCUAUGAGGAUAAAGCAGGCACAGACUUGACUGCGCAUGAAGCUAAUGUGCAUCUACAAUGGGAGAUAAUUUGACUGUAGCCUUCAAUAGGAAUGUGUUUUGCAUUCUGCCUGAAAAGACCAUUAGUAUUCUUGAAUUUUGCAUUGUGGGACGGAGUGGGUCUUUUACUUGUGAGACUAUUAGAGUUGUGAAAACUUUUGUAGCUCAGAAACACAAUGCAGUUUCUUUUUUGAUAUUACUUAUGACAUUAUUUGUAGCUAUGUUUCUGCUGUCAGAAUUGUGCAAAUGCUGUAUUUAUUUUAUUAUUUAUUAGUGGAUGUUUUGUUGUACAGAAUUACUUUCUGUCUCCUUUAUACUGUUUUAUAUUGUCAAACACAUUCCUUAAAAUGUUGCUCUUCCA